AUGUCCAACGUUGAAGAGGCAAAGCGCGCCGCCGCGACCACCGCUGUCGCCAACCACUACCCCAAGAACGCGAAGUGGGUUGGUAUCGGCAGUGGUACAACCAUUGUUUACGUCGUCGAGGCAAUCAAGGCCCUUGGUGUCGAUACCACUGCCACUCGCUACGUUCCCACGGGAUACCAGUCGCGCCAGCUGAUCGUCAACGCGGGGUUGACAGCCGUCGAGUUCGAUGCUAUCCCCCGCGGCACCGUCCUGGAUGUCGCAUUUGAUGGCGCGGACGAGGUUGACGACGAGCUGAACUGCAUUAAGGGUGGUGGUGCCUGUCUCUUCCAGGAGAAGCUGGUUGCCAUGCAAGCGAAGGAGUUUAUUUGCGUCGCUGACUCCCGCAAGCUUCAAUCCCGCCUCCUCACCAACUGGAAGUACAUCCCUAUCGAGGUCGCCCCGAUUGCCGCCUUCCGCGUUCUUAGAAAACUGACCGAGCUCGGCUCCAUCAACCCAACCAUCCGCUCCAACUCCAACCCUAAGGAGGGCAACUUGAAGACUGACCAGGACUUCUUCCUCAUCGAUGCGCCUUUCCCGCCCAUGCUUAUCCAGGCUGAUCUCGACGGCGGCCUCAAUGGAACCGGCACCGGCGGCGUCUGGGAGGUUGCUCGUCUUGCGCGCGAGAUUAAGCAAAUUGCUGGUGUUCUGGAGGUUGGCAUCUUCUACGGCCAGACCGGUCCCCAGGCUACUGCCGCCGGAGGUGUUGGUGGUCAGCGCCCUGUUGCUGCUUACUUUGGUAUGCCCGAUGGUUCUGUCUCGGUACGCAAUGCUAUUCAGUAG